UUGAUUCAGAAGUGAAUGUUUCUGAUAACUGUUUUUUUUUAUUGAUGGACCGGGAGGAUCUGGAAAAACAUUUUUAUAUGAAACUCUUUGGUUCUUAUUAAAAGGAAAUAAUAAAAAAUUCUUCAUCAAAUAUGAAAUUAGAAUCACGAGAAGCUGCUUAUUUAAAAGAAAUUGAUAUUUUCAUUUGGGAUGAGGCACCAAUGGCUCCGAGGGGGAGAUUUCAGACAAUUACUUCCGGUUAGAGUGGGUGGAACCCACAGUGAGGUUAUUGAUUUGUGUAUUAAUCGUAGCAAUCAAUGGUCACAGUUUAUUAAAUAUACUUUGAAGCAUAAUAUGCGAGCACGUUCUGAAGAAAUCGACUUUUCGUCAUUUUUAUUAAACGUUGGAGAUGGAAAGCUAAACGAUGCUUAUGAUAAUGUGAGUUUAGCUCAUUUUCCUGAUACUUGUUUCGCAGCACAUGAUGAGGAUAUUGUAGAAGAUAUGUAUGGUGAAAUUUUCCGUUCAAAACAUUACAGAAAAGCAAUAAGUUCUGCAGUAUUGUCCCCUAGGAAUGCUGAUGUAAAUGAGAUCAACAAGAAGAUUGUCACUUUACUUGACGAAGCAACAGAAACAAUAUGUACGAGCGUCGAUAGUACAGACAAUUGUGAUAAUUCUGGUUUUGAUGAUGUAUUACUGCCCGAGUAUCUGAGUACGUUAUCUCCACCAUCGCUCCCUCCUCGUACAUUGAAGUUGAGAGAAAAUUGUAUAGUUAUGCUUAUUCGAAAUCUCAACAUUAGUGAAGGAUUACGUAAUGGUACCAGGUUAUUACUUUUAGAACUCCGUAGUAAUGUAUUAAAAUGUGAGAUUCUAACAGGUGACAAAACAGGAGAAAUAGUAUUCCUUAAUCGAAUCACAUUAUAUUCCUCAGAAACUGACUAUCCUUUUCUAUUCAAAAGAUGACAGUUCCCAAUUAAAUUAGCUUUUGCAAUGACUAUAAAUAAAGCGCAAGGACAGACUUUUCACAAAAUUGCUAUUGACUUAAGAAAAGAAGUUUUUAAUCAUGGGCAACUAUAUGUUGCAUUAUCACGUGUACGCUCAUGGGACUCAUUGAAGAUUUAUUCAAAUUGUCCUGAUGUGAAGAGUAUCAAAAAUUAUGUUUAUGGUGAGUUAUGUAUGUAGGUAUCGUUUUCUGUUUUUGUACAAUUGUAUAUUUUAAUUUUCAAACGUACAGUUCAUGUAUACGUAUACUAAAUCAGAUUGUCGUUUUUUUGGUCACAAACUUAAAUGCAUACAACGUUUUAAAAACUUUAAUAAAACGUCGUUCUUAAACCUUUAUAACGUUGUACAAUGAGGUUGCCAUAACGUUAUAAAAACGUUGUAAAAACGUUGAAAAUGACAGAUUUUUCUAAGUAAAAAUUCAAUCUGGAAAACUUCUAAGUUAUUGUGAGUGUAAUUUGUAGCCAAAUGAGAUAUUACCAUUUGGAUGGCAAUACUUGAAGUAAGGGGUUGAACUAAAUUAUCAGAGUUUUCAGCAAUAAUUUUAUUUGUUCAAAUGAAGUUAGAACUUUUACAACUUUAUGGCACCCUCAUUUUCGCAGCAUUUCAAAGUUUUAUAUAAGAACGUUUUUUCAACAUUCUUUAAACGUAUUAUGCUAUUGGAGAUUUGAAAUCAUUCCAAUUAACCUCAAGUGGUUGAAUAAAGUUUUGAAAAACAUGAUGUGCCAAUGAAAGGUUUCUUUAUAUUAUUAUAUGCAUUUGCAUCCGUCCUUUAUUUUAAU